UAAAAAACGAUAAAACGCAGCAAAAGAAAACUCUCUCUCUCCUCUCCUUCUCCUUCUCCUCUCUCUCUAUCUAAAAAAGCUUCGCUGUUCAUCGUUGUCCUCAGAAUAAUCAGCCAUGAAAAUAAAGAACAAAGGUAAAGUACACCCAUCUCCUCCUCCUACUCCACAACCCUCUUCUUCCCAUGGAGAUGACUGUCUCUCUGUCCUGAGGCUCCUCCCCGCCGUGAUUCUCGCUCUGGUCUCGUCUCUCUCCGCCGAAGAUCGUGAAGUCCUUGCUUACUUAAUCACCAGGUCACUCAAAACCACCACCGUCGUUUCCGCCGGAGGAAUCAGCCCUUCUUCUGCUGACUCGAGGAAAUCUAGCGAUAAGAAGAGAAGUCAUAAACCUCCCCUUUUUGAUUGCGAAUCUUUCGAUUGCUACACCAGUUACUGGUCUCGAUGGGAUUCUUCUCCGAACCGUGAGCUCAUCCACCAGAUCAUUGAAGCUUUCGAAGACCAUCUGACCAGCGGCGAGAGCUCAGCUUCUUCCCGGAAAUCAAUCGGCAAAGGAAAGAAGAAAGAUCGUCGCCGGGUCGUCGAACCCUCGGGUCGACCCGAAGAACCGAUUGCUAAAAUCGAAGAGCCCGUGGUGGGUUCCGAUGAAGUCACGCCUGUGAAAUCACCGGAACGAUUGGCCGGUGAAACGGAGAAGGCGACGGAAAUCGUGAGGUUGCCGGUGGCGGCGGCGACGACGACUGGGCACAAGGGUUUGGCGAGGAAGGUGUUACCGGACGUCUUGGGUCUAUUCAAUUCGCGUUUUUGGAGCCUUUUGAAUCCGAACGCGUAAGGCAUCUCGCUCAAAAAAGCUCCUUUUGUUGUUUUUCUUUGUGUUCUUUACAAAAAUGCUGUUUUUGGAACUUAAAAACAAGCUUAAAUGCUUUAUUUUUAAAAACAAUAUAAUUACUAUAUGAUCACUCAACUUGUUAUGUUGUAUAUUUUUUUUGUUGUUGUUGAAGAAAAUGCAGGCAUAUUUUCUAUUA